GACAAUAGGGCUACGCGUCGUUCACGUUUCAUCGUAUAUUUAGGGAGUCUGUGAGUGUUUGUCAGAUUGUGUGCGCGUGUGUGUGAAUCAAUCACACAUCCACACCAACAACCCCCAGACGGUGUAUCUACAAUAGCAACAAAACUAAGAACAAUAAUACCGAAGCGACGAACACAAAUAGCAAUCAAGCGAAACCGGUUCCGGUGCUACGCGUUCGUUUGUUGAAUUGUGUGCGUGUGCACGACACAAAUAUACAUACACACAAAUAUAAAUUGUGGUGUUUAAUUUGCUAUAAAAGCAACAUAAAUGUGCCAGUGUUGAAAAUCGAAGAAAAAAUACCGACAAACAAGUGUUAAAUUAGUGUUCACAUACUAAAGUCUGUUCGCAAUAUUGAAAUAUAUUGUGGAUUAACAUUUGGAUAGAAAAUAUUACAACAACAACAACUAAGCGUACAAACAACGACGCCAACGUACAGCUACAAAAGCAUCAGCGAAAACCGUAAAAUGUUGCCGCCACCGCGUUUAAACGCCAUGAAAUGGUUAACCCUGCUCGCAGCCAUCGCUGCCUUCUGUACCACGCUGGCUUAUGCGGCGACCCAACCCGAUGCCGACCAGAAAGGACCAGUUUUCCUCAACGAACCCACCAAUCGUAUUGAUUUCUCCAACUCRACCGGCGCCGAAAUUGAAUGCAAAGCUAGCGGUAAUCCUAUGCCUGAGAUUAUCUGGAUUCGUAGCGAUGGUACUGCUGUUGGAGAUGUACCCGGAUUGCGUCAGAUUUCAUCCGAUGGCAAAUUGGUCUUCCCACCUUUCCGCGCUGAAGAUUACCGACAGGAAGUGCACGCUCAGGUCUACGCUUGUUUGGCGCGUAACCAAUUUGGCACAAUUAUUUCACGCGAUGUUCAUGUACGAGCGGUGGUCGCUCAAUACUAUGAGGCGGAUGUCAACAAAGAGCACGUGAUACGUGGCAAUGCAGCGGUUAUUAAAUGUCUAAUUCCAUCAUUUGUAGCGGAUUUCGUUGAAGUCGUCUCCUGGCAUACGGAUAGUGAUGAAAAUUAUUUUCCCGGAACCGAAUAUGAUGGAAAAUAUUUGGUUUUGCCCUCKGGUGAACUGCAUAUACGCGAAGUGGGACCCGAAGAUGGCUACAAAAGCUAUCAGUGUCGCACCAAGCAUCGUCUAACUGGCGAAACACGAUUGAGCGCGACGAAGGGACGCUUGGUGAUCACAGAACCCGUUGGCUCCGUUGCUCCAAAAGUCGAUAUUAAUGACAAAGUCAAAGUGGCAUUUACAAGGGAAAACGCUUCAUUAAGUCUGAUAUGUCCAGCUCAAGCUUUUCCGAUGCCAGCGUUUAGAUGGUAUAAGUUCAUUGAAGGCACCACACGCAAACAAGCCGUUAUACUAAAUGAGCGCGUGAAACAAGUUUCUGGCACAUUGAUUAUUAAGGAUGCUGUGGUCGAAGAUUCUGGCAAAUAUUUGUGUGUCGUCAAUAACUCAGUUGGCGGUGAGAGCGUAGAAACUGUGCUCACUGUGACCGCACCACUUUCAGCGAAAAUCGAUCCACCCACACAAACUAUUGAUUUCGGCCGCCCAGCUGUAUUCACUUGCCAAUAUAGUGGUAACCCAAUUAAGACUAUCAGUUGGUUGAAGGAUGGCAAAUCGAUUGGACACAGUGAUCAGGUAUUACGCAUCGAAUCGGUGAAGAAGGAAGAUAAGGGCAUGUAUCAGUGUUUCGUGCGCAACGAUCAAGAAUCUGCAGAAGCGAGUGCUGAAUUGAAAUUAGGCGGCCGUUUCGAUCCACCAGUUAUACGACAGGCAUUCCAAGAAGAGACAAUGGAACCUGGACCAAGCGUCUUCCUCAAGUGUGUAGCUGGCGGCAAUCCAACACCUGAAAUCUCAUGGGAACUCGAUGGCAAGAAAAUCGCAAAUAUUGAUCGUUACCAAGUGGGCCAAUAUGUGACAGUAAAUGGUGAUGUYGUCUCCUAUUUGAAUAUCACAUCUGUGCAUGCGAACGAUGGCGGUCUCUACAAGUGUAUAGCGAAGAGCAAAGUUGGCGUAGCCGAACACUCGGCAAAAUUAAAUGUCUACGGUUUACCCUACAUUCGUCAGAUGGAAAAGAAAGCUAUUGUAGCAGGCGAAACUUUAAUGGUAACCUGCCCCGUAGCAGGCUAUCCAAUUGAUUCGAUCGUUUGGGAACGUGACAAUCGCGCUUUACCCAUCAACCGCAAACAGAAGGUCUUCCCAAAUGGCACUUUGAUAAUUGAGAAUGUGGAACGUAAUUCCGAUCAAGCGACUUACACUUGCGUAGCUAAGAAUGCCGAAGGUUAUUCAGCGCGCGGCUCAUUAGAAGUACAAGUUAUGGUCCUUCCACAAAUCACACCCUUCAGUUACGAUGACAUAAUCAACACAGGCGACUCCAUCGAUUUGCUUUGUCAAAUACAGAAAGGAGAUCGUCCAAUCAAAAUCAACUGGAGUUUUGAACGCGCCGCUGGUGACGCGCGAUACGACACACUCCAACCGAUAAUGCGUACAAAUCGCUUUAGUAGCAAAUCGAGUGUGUUAUCGAUACCGCGUGCCACACCAGCACACACUGGCACCUACACUUGUACGGCCAGUAAUGAGGCUGGCUCAACGACGUACAGCACAAAUAUUACCGUGAAUGUACCACCAAGAUGGAUACUCGAACCCACCGACAAGGCUUUCGCACAAGGGUCCGACGCUAAAGUUGAAUGCAAAGCUGACGGCUUCCCUAAACCACAAGUGACAUGGAAGAAAGCUGUUGGUGAUACACCCGGUGAAUACAAGGACUUGAAGAAAAACGAUAACAUACGCGUAGAAGAAGGCACACUACAUAUUGAUAACAUCCAGAAGACAAAUGAAGGUUAUUAUCUCUGCGAGGCUAUUAAUGGUAUUGGUUCUGGACUUUCGGCCGUUAUUAUGAUAAGCGUACAGGCACCACCAGAAUUUACCGAGAAAUUGCGCAAUCAAACUGCACGUCGUGGCGAACCAGCGGUCUUGCAAUGCGAAGCUAAAGGCGAAAAACCCAUUGGCAUCUUGUGGAACAUGAAUAAUGUGCGUUUGGACCCCAAGAAUGAUAAUCGUUAUACGAUUCGUGAGGAAAUACUCUCCACCGGUGUGAUGUCUAGCUUGUCAAUUAAACGUACCGAACGUUCAGAUUCUGCGCUCUUCACUUGCUUGGCCACCAAUGCAUUUGGCUCAGAUGAUGCUAGCAUUAAUAUGAUUAUACAGGAAGUGCCCGAGAUGCCUUACGCUUUGAAGGUUUUAGACAAAUCUGGCCGUUCCGUGCAAUUGAGCUGGGCGCAACCUUACGAUGGCAAUUCACCACUUAUCCGUUAUAUUAUCGAAUUCAAACGCUCACGCGCAUCUUGGGACGAAGUAGAUCGUGUUAUGGUACCCGGACAUACAACUGAAGCGCAAGUACAGAAACUAAGUCCUGCUACAACCUACAAUAUACGCAUCGUGGCCGAAAAUGCUAUUGGUACAUCGCAAUCAUCAGAAGCUGUGACAAUCAUUACCGCCGAGGAGGCACCAUCUGGCAAGCCACAAAAUAUUAAAGUUGAACCAGUGAAUCAGACCACACUGCGCGUUACCUGGAAACCACCAGCACGAUCUGAAUGGAAUGGUGAAAUUUUGGGUUAUUAUGUUGGSUACAAACUAUCGAACACCAAUUCUUCAUACGUUUUCGAGACUGUUAACUUUUUGACUGAAGAAGGCAAGGAACAUAGCUUAGAAUUGAACAACUUGCGUGUGUAUACCCAGUACUCUGUUGUGAUACAAGCUUUCAAUAAGAUCGGCGCUGGUCCAUUGAGCGAUGAGGAGAAACAAUUUACUGCUGAGGGCACUCCAAGUCAACCACCAAGCGACACUGCCUGCACCACAUUGACCUCGCAAACAAUACGCGUCAGCUGGGUGAGCCCACCACUCGAAUCGGCCAAUGGUGUGAUCAAGACCUACAAAGUGGUGUAUGCGCCUAGCGAUGAGUGGUAUGAUGAUACCAAACGUCACUACAAGAAGACUGCUUCUUCCGACACCGUUUUACAUGGCCUCAAGAAAUUCACCAACUACACGAUGCAAGUGCUCGCCACCACCGCUGGCGGCGAUGGCGUACGCAGCGCACCCAUCCACUGUCAAACCGAACCUGAUGUUCCCGAAGCACCCACCGAUGUAAAGGCUUUGGUUAAAGGCCACGCUGCUAUACUCGUCUCAUGGCGUCCACCAGCACAACCCAAUGGCAUCAUACAACAAUACACUGUCUAUUCGAAAGUCGAAGGYGCCGAGGGUGAGCCUAAGAGCCAGAAAAUACCACAACAUCAAAUGAGUUUUGAAGCAGUCGAUUUGGAAAAGAAUAAGCCAUACGAAUUCUGGGUCACCGCUAGUACCAACAUUGGCGAAGGACAACAAUCUAAGAGCAUUGUAGCGAUGCCCAGCGACCAAGUGCCAGCUAAGAUUGCCUCAUUCGAUGAUACUUUUACUGCAACAUUCAAGGAAGACGCCAAAAUGCCAUGCUUAGCUGUUGGUUCACCACAACCCGAGAUCACAUGGAAGGUUAAAGGUGUUGAAUUUACCAGCAACGAUCGUAUGCGCGUCAUGGCUGAUGGCACAUUGUUAAUUAAAACAGUUAAUCGUCAAGAUGCCGGUGAAUAUUCGUGUCAUGCUGAGAACUCGAUUGCAAAAGAUUCCAUUACACAUAAACUCAUUGUUCUCGCGCCACCACAAUCACCACAGGUAUCACUUUCGGCCACCACAACYGAUUCGUUGACUGUCAAAGUGAAGCCACAUGAGGGAGACACCGCGCCACUACAUGGUUACACACUGCACUAUAAGCCAGAAUUCGGCGAAUGGGAAACUGCUGAGGUCUCUGUGGACGCACAAAAAUUCACUAUCGAAAAUCUACUUUGUGGCUCACGCUAUCAAGUCUAUGCUACCGGUUUCAAUAACAUCGGCGCUGGCGAAGCUUCGGACAUUCUGAACACACGCACCAAAGGUUAUAAACCCAAACUGCCAGAGAAACAACGUUUCAUUGAGGUUUCAUCGAACUCGGUUUCACUGCACUUCAAAGCCUGGAAAGAUGGCGGCUGCCCCAUGUCUCACUUUGUUGUAGAAAACAAAAAGCGCGAACAUGCUGAAUGGAAUCAAAUUUCCAAUAAUGUCAAACCCGAUAAUAACUACGUUGUCUUAGAUCUGGAGCCUGCUACCUGGUACAAUCUCCGUAUUACCGCACAUAAUUCCGCCGGCUUCACGGUUGCCGAAUAUGAUUUUGCCACUUUGACGGUGACUGGAGGCACCAUUGCACCACUUGAUGAUGGUCGCGGUGCAGGCAAUCUGAAUACGCGUAUACGCCUGCCCGCCUGGAUGCCCGAAUGGCUGGACUUGAAUUUUAUGGUGCCUUUAAUAGCCACUGUCAUUGUGGUAGCGGUUGGUAUACUUGUUGUAUGUGUAGCGCUUUCCAGACGCCGUGCUGAUGACUUGCGUGGAGGACAAAAGGACGUGUACUACGAUGUAGUUUACAAUCAGACCAUGGGACCUGGCGCCACGUUGGACAAACGACGACCCGAUUUACGUGACGAGCUCGGCUAUAUUGCACCACCCAACCGCAAGCUGCCACCAGUGCCCGGCUCCAAUUACAACACCUGCGACCGGAUUAAGCGAGCACGUGGCAUACGCUCAAAUCACUCUACCUGGGAUCCACGCCGUACUAACUUGUAUGAGGAAUUGAAGGCCCCACCAGUGCCAUUGCACGGUAAUCAUUAUGGUCCCGAAGAUGUACAGUGUCAUUACAGACAUCCAGGCAUGGAAGAUGAGAUCUGCCCCUAUGCGACCUUCCACYUGCUUGGCUUCCGUGAAGAAAUGGAUCCMACCAAGGCUAUGAAUUUCCAAACCUUCCCACACCAAAAUGGACACGCACCUGGACCYGGACACGCAGGCACCAUGGGACCACCCGGACACCCUGGACAUGUACACUCACGUUCCGGUUCACAGUCAAUGCCACGCGCCAAUCGUUACGCACGCAAGAAUAGCCAAGGCGGACAAUCGUCCAUUUAUACACCAGCACCUGAGUAUGAUGACCCAGCCAAUUGCGCUGAGGAAGAUCAAUAUCGUCGCUACACACGCGUCAACUCGCAAGGUGGCAGUCUGUACUCUGGUCCCGGACCCGAAUAUGAUGAUCCCGCCAAUUGCGCACCCGAAGAGGAUCAAUAUGGAUCACAAUAUGGCGGUCCAUAUGGCACACCAUAUGAUCAUUAUGGCUCACGUGGCUCCAUGGGACGUCGUAGUGUUGGUUCUGCACGUAAUCCAGGUAAUGGCUCGCCAGAACCACCACCACCACCACCACGCAACCACGACAUGAGCAACUCGUCGUUCAACGACUCCAAGGAGAGUAAUGAAAUCUCAGAAGCUGAAUGUGAUCGCGAUCAUGGACCACGCGGCAAUUAUGGUGAAACGAAGCCGGUCCAAAACAACUCCAACAACAAAGUGGCGCAGGAUUCACAGCCUACGAUACUAUGGCAGUGUAAUUUGUAAACCGAUAGCUGUAGCAACAAGAACCAUCACCACAAUUUACUAGCACAACAACAACAACAUAAUUAGAUGAAGAAUAAAGAAUGAAUGUAAAACCUCCCAAGCUCCACUAGUCAGAGUAGCUGCAGCAGAUGCAAGGCAAAUACCAAAUAUUUUCUUUCAGUGGAUUAGUUGGUGCAUAGAGCAGAAUURUGUAGCGUAUGAGCGUUCUACGUAGAGUAAGUGAGAUAAAGAGAGAGGGAGAGCGUGAGUAAUAGCUAGCAAGCGUUAGCGAGCACAAGUAAACGGUAACUUUGACGUAAACUCAACGCUCUCACAAUAGUUAGGGCAGCGUAAGGGAGAUAGGGAGCGCAUUGUAUACAUAAGUAACAUAACAGGAGAGGAAGUGUGUGUGAGCGGGAAACGCACGGAACACGGGCGUCAUUUGUGCGAAAGAGACAAACAUAUAUAAUAAUAUCACAAGAGACAUCACAGUUAAUGUAAAUGAAGAGCUAAAUAAUCGUAUAUGCAAAAAGAAAA